AUGGAGAGGUUAGAAUAAAAAACUUUACUUUCUAAAGACUACUUUCUGAAUUUUAGAGAGCCACCUAAAAAUAAUUAGAAAAAAUUGGUUGAAAGCUCUCUCAGAAUGAUAAAGAAUAAAGUUUUCGACUCUGAUUACAAUUCUACUCAUAUAGAGAUUCCAAAGCAGUCAAGAGAUAUCCAGAUUACUCUUAAAGAGCUUCAUAAUAUUUCAGAAAAUAGUUUGAGAUUAUAAAAGGCAAAAUUUCAAACAAAAAAUAGAAGCACUUCAUUUUAAGAUAGUAUUCAUCACCAGCAGUCAAUAAAUAAUGCUUAUAACUUGGAUUAGAAUAAGAAUAUUUAAGAUAAAAACAUGAAAUAAGAGAAUGACUUUUACAAUGUUUAAUAAUUUUUCAGUCAUUAAGAUGGAAAAAAAAACUAAAGACAAACAGAUUGCAACUACAUACUAAACCACUAAGAAUUUAAUUUUCUCUUUAAUCAAUUAAAUAGAGAGAAAAAUGGAGUAAUCAGAGAAAAAAUACUAAAUUUAGAAAGCAAAAAGCCUGAUUUUAUGAUUUGCCAAACUCAGCAAACAGAAAAUAUUAAGCCAAGAUUGCUUUAAAUACAAGAAAGCGUAGUUAAAUAUUCAUCCGUUGAUUAAGCACAUAAAAGCAACAUACAAAAAAAAUUAGUAUAACCUAGAGAUUACUCACCAUUUAUGAAUGUUAGUAAAAAUAUAAUGAUGACAUAUCAACAAGAUAAUGCUCUCAACAAGCUUAUAUAAAACACAAAUGCUCAUGCCUACAUGAAGAGCCAAUAAAUAAAAUAAGAUCCUAGCUCAUUAAACACAGAUUUGAAAUAUUCAGAAACUAGUCAAUAAAGUUUACACAAUAAACACAAAUCUCAAAUUAAUAAUUAGACUAAAAAUUAGUACUUUGAUUAUUAAAACAAAUAAGAAAGAUAAAAAUUAACAGAAAUUAAAGAAAUUUGA